UCUUUCACAAUGAUUCAUUUUCUACUGAAAGAGCACGCAAAAAGCUGUUUUAGCUUAAAUAUUACACAAAAGCAUUUUUUCGCUAACUAAGAGAACUUGUUAUUGCACGUACGGACACUUAUAUAAUACGUAAAAAGUAUCAGCGGGCCGCUAAAGUUGGAAGACACGACGAGAUUCACGCUCGCUUUGAAACAGUUGGUCGUCUGUUCUUGCUUUUCUUCGCUUGGUCAUGCAUUGCAGGCGAGUAAAGAUGCGUGAAUCAAGUCGAAGAAGCCGUGUCCAAGUAACCAACGCUGCUAGCAACAGUGGUAGCCGUUACACACAACGGCGCCGAUUUCUGCUAUGGUCGUUGGUGUGUCUCGCAGUUUUGAACCCCCAGGACUCCACGGACUGGAGCUGUUCCAUUUCCAGCUGUGAGGAUGAAGCAGCUUCAAAGGCGGACAUCACAUGCCCUCCUGCAGUUCCCCUUGUCGGCAACAAAAGGCUCGGAUGCCAUUCUACCUGUGCUUCAUGGUGUGACUGCCCACUUCAAGUAUCUCGGCAGUGUCAUUACACAGCCGUGGCAACCUGAAGCUGAUGCGAGUCCGGAUUGGAGCUGGCCGACGCUGUCAUGGACGCGGAUACGUCCAGAGUUUCCAGAUCGACAGUGAUGAGCCAGUCGGCUUGGAACCUGGAGCCUCCUUACCUGGUUCAUGACCAAGUCGGGUGCAACUGUGGCUGGACUCCUUGACUAAGUUACCGUGAAGAUUUUUCAUGCAGGUUGCCCGACUGGAACAACGGCCCCUCCAGGCUGCUGUGGUUGACUAUCUCGGCAUAUAUAGGUCGACGCCGCAUGCGACAACAGGUGUGUCGCCAGCCAAGUUGCUUCACGGGCGCCAGCCAAGGACAAGACUCAAUACAGUGGGUUUGCCGACAAGGAGGGCGUCCAUGCCAGUUCGAAUAAAAAUGUUCCUGCUAGGGUUAAGGCGAAGCAGACGUAUGCAAAGCAGUAUACGGACAGGAGGCAAGGUGCGAAAAGACCAGCCUUUUGUGUAGGGGACUUCGUUCGUGUACGCAAGCCAGCAGGCGGUGGGAAAGCGUCGGUAAACUACAUGGGUCCUUUCAAGAUUGUCGGCAGAAAAGACAAAAAUAGCUUUUUGAGGAGCGACGGUCGUUGCUGGAAUGCGUCUAAACUAGUUCGGGUUCCCUACAAUCAAUCGCAGACAACAGAACAAUGGGCAUGAGAAUUGCCUCACGACUACUCGGGUACCGCUGGGGCUGAAAGCCGCGCAGACACUGAACAGGGUGAACUGUUGCGAUUGCCGGAAACAAGGGCUGAAGUUAAUGAAGAAGUGGUUGCUCCUUUAGAGGAUUCGGCGGAGUAACCUUUGCGUCGCAGCACUAGGGUACGCCGACCUGUCGAAAGAUUUGGGUUUUCUUUACCUAAACAAUAACUGUUUAGUUCGUGUUAUUUUGGUUGUUGCAAAUUACUACCGUAUUUACUCGCAUAAUGAUCGCACUUUUUUUGUCAGAAAAAUUGAAGCAAAUUCAGGGGUGCGAUCAUUACGCGGGUUAAAUUUCCCGGGAAAAAAAAAUUUUUUUUUUCGUCCGCGUUUGCUGCGGGAUGCGAGAUUGCGGGUGCGGGACACCAAAACAAAAAUGGCGGCUAGCGGAGCGAGCCGAACGCGCCGAACGCGAUUUUUUUCUUCUCGUGAGUACAUUACGUGCAUUGAAACAGUUUCUUCCGUAUUAGUGAUGAAUAAUAUCGUUAAUAUCGGCAAGUUUGCGGCAAUAACGUAGCCAUGUCCACUUUGAGGGGACAGUAAUAGGUGGGCGCGCUUAGCUUCCAGUGACCUGACGGGCAUGCUGCGGAAACUGCGGCAUCUGUCUUCACUACUUUCCGCUAAGGGUGGGCGAAUAUCUUAGCUGUGUUACAAGCGUCGGCGUAUGAAUAGGGCACACUUUUAACGUAUCAGAGUAAACGUGGCUACUAUCAUUGCCGCGCGCGAUUUGUUGCGUGCUCACGAGUGCAAAAGCAGAUGAAAAGAAUCGAAAUGCGCCUUUAUUGUUUUUGUUGACAUCAGCCAUUAUAAAGCCAACCCAUAAUAAAGGCAAGUUUGGUUGUACCUCAUUUUGUCAUGGAAGUGCGGAAAGUGAUGAAAGUAAUGAAAUGAGGCAUCUACUUAAGAAUGUUUAGUGCGUGCAGGCCGCUUGGCUUGUCUUGAAGAGUCGUUCGCGUAGCAUUCGACAGGUGGUAAGCGCGAUCAUUAUUCGCUAGACUUAGUACACGACAUAUCGCUGCGGCAAGUUCGGGGUGCGAUCAUUACGCGGGAAAUAAAAAAAAUCGAAUUUUGACGACAAAUUUUAGGGGUGCGAUCAUUAUGCGAGUAAAUACGGUAUGUUGUAUUUUCAAGCGGGAGGCGAUGUUGUAUCCUUCUUUCUUGUUUCAGUUUCAUUUCUUCAGUGUACAUAUCGUCAUCGUCAUUCAAUAUGAUUUCCCUAUAUAAGUUGCUUUACUGUGACGAAUAAAGAGAGUUGCAU